GGACAGAGUGAAACUAUAUGAGAACAGCAGCAAUGCACCAGGAAAACCAUAAAGAAACCCAAUGAGGAAACUCUGUGUGCACGAGGUUUGAAUCGUCUUGUAGUUCUUGUUGUUGUUCAGUAAAAACAGAGUCAGUCUGGUCCAGAACACGCAGGAACUCCGUGGACAUGGAUGUGCAGAAAUAUUUGAACCGGAUCGGGUCCACGGUCCCGGCUGAGCCCGACCUGGACGCGCUGCGGUCGGUCCACACUCGUCACUUGUUGUCGGUGCCGUUCGAGGACCUGACGGUGCACAGCGGCGGGCGAGUCGAGCUCGAUCUCCCGCUACUCUACGACAAGAUCGUGACCCGGCGCCGAGGCGGCUUCUGCUACGAGAACAACGGCCUCUUCUCCUGGCUGCUGUCCUCACUGGGCUUCCAGGUGACCACGCUCUCCGCCCAGGUGAAGAACUUGAUCACCGGGUGCUACGGGCCACCGUUUGACCAUCUCGUCCUCAUGGUGACCCUCCAGGGCCGCCGCUGGUUAUGCGACGUCGGUUUCGGUGCGGCAGGCUUCUCUGUGCCGCUUUCUCUGGAGACCAGCGGGCCCCAGACGGAGGGCCACAGAGUGUACCGCAUCAGAAAGCAAGGGGAUCUGCACUUUCUGGAAUGGCAAGGAGAGGAGAACAGAGGUGCGGAUGGAGACUGGAAGGAGAUCUACAAGUUCACCCUCGAUCCCAGGCGCCUGGAGGACUUCACGGACAUGUGCCAGUACCACCAGAGCUCCCCCUGCUCCAUCUUCUUCUGCAAAUCCCUCUGCACCAUUUUGAGACCAGGUGGACGGCUCACCUACAUGGGCCACAGACUCAUCUCCACCACAUUCCCCACUGAGGGAGCAGGGUUAGAAACCACCACCAGAGAACUUCAAGAUGAGGAGAUUACUGUCAUUUUGGCCGAGGAUUUUGGAAUCGUGCUGAAUUCUCCACUCAAACCAAAGGAUGAAACAAUAACACCACCCCCGGUCAUGUAUUGAUCAUAUGGGAUAUCUAUGUAUCUUCACAAACAAAUCUUAGAUAAAUCUGCUGGAUCCAGACAGAUCAGUCUCUUAAUUAUGCCAGAUUGUUUCUCAUCAAGCCCCAUGAAUGAUUUCCUGGGAAAUAAGAGCAAAGUGAUCCAAAAUUCCUUGAUCUGACCCUUUGUCUGCACUUGUGCCAAAAUCUUAUGGGAAUUUGAUUAGUAAUCUCAUUAAAAACUAACAAACAAAUGUACACAGGUGAAAAUACAACCUCCUUGCCGGGGGGAAUUAUGGGAAAAAAAAUCGGUGUACUUAUUGAGAUGACUUCAAUCAGUGUUUUGUUGACUCGUCAUACACAAAUGAUUUGUGGCUUUAGUCUAAAAUUCACCUUUGUACUGUAACCCCCCCCCUGCCUGUUAAACAACAACCACAUCGUCUUGACAACAAAUGCACCAACAAAAAGAUAAAUUGUCAGAGUCAGACAUGUUCACAACAGGAACAGGAAUUCUUGGAACGCGUGGGCAUGGAGGAGGAAGACGAAAGCUUCCAAAUCUGGUUGUCUUUCCAAGUCGACAUCUUUAAAGUGUACACGUGUAUCUUCUUCCAGUUUCCUUUCUCCCACGUCAUCAAUGUGCCCACUGUUUGUAGGUCAAAAAACAUACAAACGAACAAACAAACUUACCAACAAUACCAUCAAUAAAUAUGACAAUUUGGUAAGAAUUUAUGAUGCUGUUUUGGAAUACAAAUUGUGUUUAAACAAGGAACAAAACAAAGAGUUAAAUAUAUAUGCAGUGAUGAGUAUUGAGCUGAAUCAGGAAUUGUGUGUGGAUGUUGGGCAUUUAAUUGGUCCCUCUGUGUAAAUUGUGACCCCUUUAUGGCCUUGGUGUGUUUUUCUAUCCCCUAUCAUAAGUGUUUUAACAUAUUUGUAUAAAAAUGUACAUGUUAUAAUAGCCUUUAUGUUAUUGAUCAUGAUUUGAUUUUAACAGAUUUCAAGACUUCAAAACUGGAACUUAUUCUGAUCAAUAAAGUUCUGACAUAAAAGGUG